AUGCUAAAUAUGAUGGAGAAUUCGCUAUAACAACCCUUGGCCGAUUAUUUGUAAACUCGAAUCUUUCUGCCUUAGCCGAAAACUAGAAAUAGUCCUGGAAACAACAAUGAUGAGUUCAUUCAAUUGGUGAAUUAAUUAAAAAGCAGUUCUCCCUAAAAGGAAUACUUGUCUACUGAUGAUAUAAAUACAUUGUAUUAUGAUGCAUUUCUGAAAUGCUUGAUGUUGUGUCACGAGGCUAGACCAGUGUUUGGGGCUGAUUCCAUUACUUAUGAAUCCUUUUCAAAAAAUGAGGAGAUCUCAUUAACAUUUGCUCGUUCUUGUGGUUACUCACUUGAAAAUUUCAAUAAAUUUGAUAGUCCCGAUAUGUAUUUAUGCAAGGUGAGAGGAAAUCCGAUUUGGUAUCAGAUAUUGGGAUUGAAUUUAUUUACGUACACUAGAAAUCUUAAUUCCGUUGUUAUAUAGGCACCCAUGACGAUGGAUUUGGAGUUGAAACAAAAGUAUGAAGAAAUCAAUUAACUAUGUGGGGAAGGAUCGAAAAACAAUUCAUUAUUAAUUUGUAAAGGAGACUACGAAGCAAUAAAAACCAAAUUGUAAUUAAAUCAUAAGGAAAGAGAGGAGUUAGACUCCUACAUCCAGCAUUACAAAUAGAGGGGAAUUAGAAUGAUCAUCUAUGCUACCAGAGUGCUGAGUGAGAAGGAGACUGAGAACUACAAACAGCAAUUUAAUUUGUUGCAUAGUUCUUUGACUAAUCAGGAUACCUUGCUUGAACAAUUGGCAUUAGAGUAUGAAAAAGAAUUGAAUAUUAUGGGAAUGAUUGGAUUCAAAGAAGAAUUGAAAAACGAUGCCCUAGAUUUCAUCAAAACAGUAAAGGAUUGCAAUAUCAAUAUUUGGCUAUUGAGUGGAGAUUAGGAAGUGUAAACAAUCAGUUGUGCAUAAUCUCUGGAAAUGGCAGAGACAUCAAAAUAUCUGAGGGUAGUGGCCACCGAUAAGGAAUAGAUAUGGUUACAGAUCAAUACAGCAAUAGGACAGAUCUAAAGUGAAUUACAGAAAAUUCAAGAGAAGUAAUAAGAUAAACAUUAGAAUGAGAAUUUGAUGGUCAGAAGUAUGAUUAAAUCGUGUGUGACUCUUUUUGAGGGUGCCUCUUAUUAACAGGUGUUACAAUUUGUUCUGGUUGUCAACGGGCAUUCUUUAUCCUUGAUAAGUGAAUCACCUGAUUUGAUAAGUCAUUUCCGAUUCUUAUCUUGUGUAUGUAAGAAUGUAAUAGGAUUCAACAUGAAUCCGCAAUAAAAGGAAUUAGCCUGCUUGAUAAUUCGUAAUUACUUUCCUAACAAUCCUACAGUUCUUGGUGUCGGAGAUGGAUACAACGAUGCUUUGAUGAUGUAGGCUGCCAAUGUCAGUAUUGAGAUCAUAAACAGCAAAAGAAAUCACAUUUACCCUCAAGUAAAUGCAGGAGACAUAAGCGUAAAUACAUUAUCUGAAAUCAAAGUGCUCCUAUUAUAGAAGUGCAAAUUGCAUAGUGAAAGAGUGUCAGCCAUGAUCAUCUAUCUGUUUUAUUGUGCUGGUUUCUUAGGAAUGACACUCUUCUUUUUCAAUUGGUUUUGUCAAUUCACGGCCACUUCAUUGCAUGAUUCAAUGACAGUAUUUCUAUACAUCUUUUUGUACACCACUCCCAAUGCUCUAGUCAUUGGUUUAGCUGAUAAGUAAAGUCAGCCCAUCGUGAAUGCUAGGUUUCCUGCCUUCUACAUUGAUGGAUAAAUCAGAACUCGUAGAUUCUGGUUCUUUUAUCUCAUUGAAGGCUUCUUGGAGUCCUUCAUUUGUGCAGCCUAUACAUUUUAUUCAUGUACUUACAUGGUUAAUUAUGCAUGGACAAAUGAUGGUCACUAAUCCGAUAUUCAAAUGGUAGCAACAUCAAUCAUUUAUUUACUAAUCACUGUGUCGAGUCUCAAGGUGUUGUUUAGACUCUUUUACAAUAAGGUGAAUAUAGUGGUGAUAGCCUUCCUAUUGACUUUUGGGUUAUUGGUAGGGUUUGUUUUCAUCAAUUAUAGGAGGGAUUUCAGUAAUUUUGAUUAUUAGGAAUUGACUUAUUAGUUAUUUACAAGAUUCAAUAGCAUUGUUGCCAUGGUAUUUAGUCUCAUAGGUUGCUACUUUAUCAAUUACUUUUUACAUAAUUUUAUAAAGUUGAUAUACUUCCCAAAUGCUUAUUAAUAAUUUGCAUUCUAAAAUGUAACUGGUUAAGAAUGGGAAUUGAUUACAAACUAAGAGAUUUUACGUCAGUGUCUAGAUUAACAUGUUAAUGUGUCAUCAAUCAUACAAAAUGUGUUCAUAGAUUGCUCAGCAAUUUCACCAUACAUCUAGGAGAUGUUGAAUCCAGGUGAUACCAAAGUAACCGAGAUGAAAUUGAAGCCUCUCACUCUUGAGAUGAAGGAACUGGUUCUGGAAUAAAAGUUUUUAGCUCACAAAUUGAUGUAAUCCCUGAAGCAUUUAAGACUCUUCUUAUGCAUCCUUUUGUUAUACUACAUAGCAUACUGUUUGACGGACUUCUUUAUGACAGAUAAACGAGUCUUUACAGGAGCAUACUAUUUGGUCGUAUUUGGAAUAAUCUUUUUUAUAAUACUCUUUUCUUGUAGUCAGGCGAUGGAACUAUAAUACUAUACGUACUCACAUAUAAUAGUGCUGAUCAUAUUUGCCAUUAAGGUGGCGAUAGAUUGGUUAUCGGAUGAUUUGACCCUAACUCUAUCUGCCACUAUAGUGAUCCUAUUCAGUACAUUUAAUUCGAUGAACAUGAGUGUGAUUCCAAUAAUGUUGUAUAACAUCUGUUAUUUGAUUCAACUCAUCGUAAGGAUCCUGAUAGUUGUGAUUUCAACAGAUCUCAGUACUUCUAAUGGUACCUAUUCUCAAAGUAGAGUGUCUGUCUAUGCAGCCAGCACUCAGAUUCUAUUGGUUGUGAGUAUCACAAUUAGAUUUUUGUUCAGUUACUACAAAUCUAUAAAACAUAGAAGAAACGAUUACUUAGCAAAAUACCAAAUAGAGCAGGAUAAUGUAGCUGCCCAAGACAUAUUGAGCAUAUUGGUGCCUAGAUUUGUGAGACAACAAAUCCAGACAGGAAUAUUUUCGAUGUAAUAGGCUUAGGAUGAUGUUUCAAUAUUGUUUGCUUACAUCUGUGAUUUCGAUACCAUUAUGAAGGAGGAAGGCAAGAAUGUAGUGUUGAUGUUGGACUCGUUGUUUAGAUUAUAUGAUAAUUUGUGUAUUCAACAUGGAGUGCAAAAGAUUGAAACUGUUGGAUAUACAUACAUGGCUGCCACAGGAAUUAAAGCAUGCGAAUAAAACAUGACAGCUCAUGUGACAAGGAUAGAGAAGACUAUGAGAUUGGUCAAUAUGGCAUUCGAUAUGAUGUAAUAAGUGCAGGGGAGAAAGUAUGGAAAAGGUAAUCAAAUUGAGAUGAAGAUUGGAAUACAUGUGGGUAGAGUCAUUGCAGGUGUGAUAGGUCACCAUAAACCACAAUUUUCAUUGAUAGGCGAUCCAGUCAAUUAGACAAGCAGAGUGGGUUCUACUGGAGACACAGGAGCCAUAACAUUAAGUGAACAGGCUUUUAAAUAGGCCAGACAUGGAAUCAAGUACUAUUAGAAGAAAUAGAAGGAGGCUAAAGGUUUAGGAAUCAUAGACACUUAUCAAGUUUUCAAGACUAAACCAGCUGGUUAUUAAAUACCAAAGGCAUUUCAACUGUGGCAAAAUUGUACAAAGCUUGUGGUGAAAGAUUUAAGGUAGCAUAGAACUUCAGGCACCAAAAAAUAAGGAUAGUUCUUGUCGUAAUUACAAAACUCAAUAUACCAGGACAAUUUGCAAAAAUCUAAUAGACUUGAUGCUUCACCUAGAGGACAGUAGACUGUUCAAUUUUUAAUGCCUCAAGGAGGGUCAGCUCAAGAUGAGAAUAGAUCGAGAUUAACUAUUGCAGCACAAGCAAAUGAGCAAAUUGUAACUGAGGAUUCUAUUUUGAUAACAAAUGAAUAGGAAGAGAAAGAAUUGGAAUUAAUUAAACCAAAUGUUAUAUUGGAUAUACCCGAGAAUGAGAUAAAAUCAAAUUUCUAUUAAAUUCUUAAGGAAUAAAAUGUAGAUGAAUCUAGAGUAGGUAUGAUAUUUUUAUGGAUAACUUAUUUUGUAAUUACUCUGUUGUCAAUUAUAGUUCGUAAAUUGUUUAAUCAUGAUUUAUUGAUCUUUGUCUUGAGAGCAAUUUUCCUGAUUUUAUCCUUUGUUCUAUUCCCAAUCCUGUCAAAAGCAUAUAGAAACAGAGCAGUGAACACUAUGUAUUACCUAUUACUCAUUUACGCUAUCUUCACUGUGCUCUUCUAGGCGUAUCUGACUGAAAAUAGAGAAGUAGCAAUAAUUUGUCUACUCGAAAUACUGUACAUAAUGAUUGUGUCUUGCUAGAUGAAGAUGUUUUCUUUCCUGUAGGUAAUACUGUAUAUGAUGAUCAUGUUUGGAUUAUUCUUAGGAUUCUACAUAUCUACUGACUUAAUCACUCAUUAUGCUAUCUUCUAUAUUUGCUGUUGCAUGCUCAUUCUAUUGCUAGGAUACUAUCUCGCAAUGAGUGAGCAGAUACAAAUGUUCAACAAUUUGUAGAUCAAUGAAGAAAAGAAAGUCAAACAAAUCAACCUUGUAAGUUAACUGUUGCCCAUGCAUUCCUACCUUAAAAUGAAGAACAGUUCCAUCUAUGAUAAAAGUGACUUUAUAGAUGAAUUUGAUGAUGUGACUCUCCUCUUUGCUGACAUCAAAGGUUUCACUGAAUACUCUCAUACGCAGAGUCCAGAAGAAAUCUCUUCACUGAAUUCGAUAAACUUUGUCAAAGAUACAAUGUCUACAAAAUGUACACUAUUGGUGAUUGUUAUUGCUAAGCGAAAUCCUAUUCAAGAAGCCAUUAACACUGUCAAAAUGGGAUUUCAGAUGGUCGAUAUCAUAAUGUCUGUGAGGUAGAAGAUCCAAUUUGACAAAUUGAAUAUGAGAAUAGGCAUUCACACUGGAUAGGUAACUGGAGGUAUCAUAGGAACUGAUAUUGUCAGAUAUGAUAUCUAUGGAAAAGAUGUCUCCAUUGCUAAUAAAAUGGAAAGCAGUGGAGUGGAAGGAAGAGUCUAAAUCUCUGAAACCACUAAGUUGAUGAUUGAGAGAGCUGGGAAACAUGCUUUCAACUUCAAAUUCCAUCAUGAUGUUGAGUUGAACAAAUUCAAUAUGAACAUUAAAGGAUUUCUUGUGGAUUGGGACAAAAAGAGAGAAGAAGCUAGUCUGGAUCAUUACAGAUCACCAAGUCGCCAUUUAUGA